GAGGAGGAGGCAGCAUCGUUAGGGAGGAAAAACCACGUCACCCUGUCAAAAAAAAGUGCAAUGUGCACUGGAGAGAAAGUUUGAAUCCCACCAGCAACUUUCUCGCUGUGUUCCAGGGAGUUUAGUGCGAAGAUGCAGACGGGAUUCCGGUUAAACCUGAACCCUGUGAAGGAGCCUCUGGGCUUCAUCAAGCUGCUGGAGUGGUUUGCAGCUCUGUUUGCCUUUGGAUGCUGCGGUGGUUACAAUGGCAGGAAUGUAAUUUCCCUGUUUUGUGGCGGUGGAAAAAAUGAGACCCUUAAUGCCACUUUUGCAUAUCCAUUCAGGAUAAACCAAGUGCUGUUAGUUGAAGGCAAUGUCACUCUGUGUAACCACACUGUGUCUGAGACACAUCUGAUGGGAGAUUCUUCGUCCUCUGUGGAGUUUUUCGUGGCUGUGGCCGUCCUGGCAUUCCUCUACUGCAUGAUAGCUCUGUUGGUUUACGUGGGCUACAUGCAUGUAUACCGGGACUCUAACUUUGGCCCAGCAUUUGACUUUUUGGUGACAGCAGCAUUUGCUUUUCUGUGGCUGGUGUGCUCAUCGGCCUGGGCACAAGGGCUGCAGAAAGUCAAGUAUGCCACAGGCACAGAAGGCAUCAGCACCAGUCUGACGUUAUGUAGAAACGAUGUCACAUGCGAGGUCACUGAAUUUUCCAGCAUGCGCACGCUGGAUAUAUCAGUAGUGUUUGGCUUUGUGAACCUGAUCAUCUGGGGUGGUAAUGCCUGGUUUGUUUACAAGGAGACCUGCUGGCAUUCACAGAAGCGCAGCUCUCAACAGGGAACAGAGCGCGGGCGGGGCCCUGGCCCUAUCUAGUGGCAUCUCCCAGGCGAGCACAUGACCAUAUCAGCCCAUAAACUCGAUGGACCAUCUUGUUUCAGAAGUGAAUUAGAAAUCUGAGUCAUCUGUUGCAUUUUUUCUGCUCAUACUUAAAUUCAUUAAAAUAUAUAGUCAACAUGAAGUCUGUACCAGUUUUUCUAGUCUUGUGUAUAUAUAGCCUACUUAUAACCUCAGCAUAGACUUUCUUAAAUUUGCCACA